CAUAGCAGAUAAAAAGAUCAAUUUCCGGACAAUGACCUGUGGUGGUUCUGCACUUCGACGCCUCUCUUCACCAUCAUCAGUCACAAAACCCACAUUUGUGUUGACCACAGAGUGGAUCUGGUAUUGGAAGAAUGACCUUGGCCAGUGGAUUGAAUAUGGAGAACAGGGAGAAGGGGAUAGUGUGAAAUCACCAUCUUCUGCUAUUAUUGAGAAUGCAUACCUAGCAGAUCCAGAUGACACCAUAUCUUUCCAGGCUGGCAUGCAGAAUUACCAGCUCAGUUUCAAAGAAAUGAUCCAGACAAAUACCCUUUUUAAAACUCGAAGACGGGUCUGCAGGCGGCCAAAAUUUGUGUCUCCUGAAGAUGUGCAGAAGAUAAAGAAAGGGCAGAAGGAUUCUUCUAUUCCAGAUAAAGCCUGUCCUGCCUACUGGGAUCCAUCUGCACUGCCUGAGUUUGGAUACAAGGCAGUGGAGAUCAGUAAUACAACCCCUGAAUAUGACAGAAUAAAGCAGCUGUUUCAUCAGACUAUGAAAAGCUACAAGGUCGUUAAAAUAAAGAGGAUUCAGAAUCCAUCCCUCUGGAAAGUUUUUCAGUGGCAAAAGGAGCAGAUGAAGAGGGAAAAUGGAGGGAAGGAGGUAUGUGAAAUGCUCCUGUUCCAUGGAACACAGGCCUCCUUCGUGGAACCCAUCUGCAUUCACAACUUUGACUGGAGAAUUUGUGGAAGCAAUGGAACUAACUAUGGAAAGGGAAGUUACUUUGCUAGAGAUGCUUCCUAUUCCCAUGGGUACUGCCAGAGUGUGGUGAAGACAAACACUAUGUUUGUGGCUCGUGUCCUGGUUGGGGAUUACGUGAAAGGCAACGCAGCCUACGUUCGCCCGCCCACAAAGUCUUUUAAUGGGCUUCGCUUCUAUGACAGCUGCGUAGACAAUGAGUUAAAUCCCUCCAUUUUUGUUGUCUUUGAAAAAUACCAGAUUUACCCGGAGUAUCUCAUCGAGUAUAAGGCAGAAGAAAAGUGUAUUGUGUCUUAG